CGACGGGAUCUUGUGCAAGGGGCGCAUGCAGGCGCGGGCCAAGCGCGUCUCUCUCGCCCAUGCAGAGAAGGCAGCGGUCCAUUUCGCCCGGCGCGAUGCUAGCGAGCCGCACAACUCGUGGAUCGACAGCAUGUUCAUCGUCGUCGCCAACGUCGUCGGCGUCGGCGUGCUUGGCCUUGCCCACGCGUUCGCCAUGCUUGGCUGGCUAUGGGGCAUUCUCGCUCUCGCCAUCACGCUGGGCGGUUCGCUCUACAGCGGCCUUCUCAUGACGCGCAUGAAGGGCCGCGUCCCGACCGCCUUGGUGUACGCCGACUUGGGCCACGCUGCGUACGGGGACCUCGGGCACGCUUGCAUCACGCUCUUUGGCUACACAUACAUGACGGGCAUCUGCCUCUCGUACCAGCUGACCGCAUCGCUCUUUGUAAAAGAGCUCACGAACGACCUGUGCUUUGUUUCUUGCGCGACCAUGGUCGCAGCCUUCGUCUUGCCGCUCGCGCAGUAUCGUAAUUUUACCGAAAUGACGUCGAUGGCGGUCGUCGGCGCCCUCUCCAUCGUCGUGCCUGUCCUUCUCAUUAUCGUGGAAGUGGCGUGGCAUGGGCGGUUCCAGGCCGUCGAUACCGAGUGGGUUCCGUCCGCCACGGGCUUUGAAGCAGCCACGGUCGCCUGCAUGGACGUCGUCUUUGCCAUGGCAGGACAUGUCUUCUUCGUCGACAUCAUGUCCGAGAUGAAGCACCCGUCGUCGUUCCGCCAGUCGCUCUACGGCGCGACGUCCUUCUUGAGCGUCGUUUACUUUACGAUUGCGAGCGUGGGCUACUAUUGCAUUGGCACGUCCGUGCUCAACCCGAUCACGCAAAACCUCGCCAGCGAUGUCGCCCGGCGUUGGUGCAGUGCAUUUGUCUUGAGCCACAUCAUCGUCGCGUACGUCAUGGCCGUCAUGGUCCUUGCCCGUAACAUUGAAAUCGACCUUUGCCACGCGCCGCACGAAGACAGCGCGCACGCCACCUUGAGCCAGCGCCUCUUGUGGCUCGUCUUGACGUUUAGCAUUGUCUGCGUCGGCUUCCUCGUCGCCAAUGUCCUGCCCUUUGUCAACGACCUCCUCGGCUUCGUCGGUGCCAUGAGCGGCGUCACGACGACGUUUGUGUUUCCGUUCCUGCUCGCGCCCGUGCUGCUGCACGACGAGCUCUCCAAGCGCCAUCGUCUCGCGCUCUACGCGGUCGCGAUCGGUAGCACGGCCAUCGCCGUCCUCGGUGUUGUCUGUGCGGUCCAGCGCAUGUCCAGCUCCUACGAGACCCGGCGUCCGUUCUCGUGCUAGCGCAUACAAUCAUCGCAUUCGAAUCAAUCAAAAGCACUGUACGAG